ACAGGGGGAGGCGCCGUCGCCGCCGCCGCCCGCCCCUUUCCGCUGGGGAGCAGCUGCAGCAGCAGGAGCGGAGCAGGAGCCACGCAGCCACCACCGCCGCCGCCGGGGGAUGUGGCCGGCGCCUGCCCCGAGUCGCGCCGCCUCCUGAGUACCUGCCGCCGCCCGAGCAGCCGCCGCCACCGCCGAGCAGUGCGGGGCCAGGCCGCGCCCUCCCCGGGCGCCCGCCGGCUCGCAUGCCGAGGGGCUCCGGGGCGUAGCUGCGCGCCCGGCGCCGCCUCCGGGCUCCUCCGGCCCCGCCAUGGGCUGCUGCAGCUCCGCCUCCUCAGCCGCGCAGAGCUCCAAACGAGAAUGGAAGCCACUGGAGGACCGUAGCUGCACAGACAUACCUUGGCUGCUGCUUUUUAUCCUCUUCUGCAUUGGGAUGGGAUUUAUUUGUGGCUUUUCAGUAGCAACAGGUGCAGCUGCAAGACUAGUGUCAGGAUACGACAGCUAUGGAAAUAUCUGUGGGCAGAAAAAUGCAAAGUUGGAAGCAAUACCAAACAGUGGCAUGGACCACACCCAUCGGAAGUAUGUAUUCUUUUUGGAUCCAUGCAAUCUGGACUUGAUAAACCGGAAGAUCAAGUCUGUAGCACUGUGUGUAGCAGCAUGUCCAAGACAAGAACUGAAAACCCUAAGUGAUGUUCAGAAGUUUGCCGAGAUAAAUGGCUCUGCACUGUGCAGCUACAGCCUAAAGCCUUCUGAAUACACCACGUCUUCAAAAGCUCCUGUUCUUUGCCCCAAGCUACCUGUUCCAGCGAGUGCACCUAUUCCAUUCUUCCAUCGCUGUGCUCCUGUGAACAUUUCCUGCUAUGCCAAGUUUGCAGAGGCCCUGAUCACCUUUGUCAGUGACAAUAGUGUCUUACACAGGCUGAUUAGUGGAGUAAUGACCAGCAAAGAAAUUAUAUUGGGACUUUGCUUGUUGUCACUAGUUCUAUCCAUGAUUUUGAUGGUGAUAAUCAGGUACAUAUCGAGAAUACUUGUGUGGAUCUUAACAAUUCUGGUCAUCCUCGGUUCACUUGGUGGCACAGGUGUACUAUGGUGGCUAUAUGCAAAACAGAGAAAGUCUCCCAAAGAGGCAGUGAUUCCUGAACAGCUUCAGAUAGCUGAAGACAAUCUUCGAGCCCUCCUUAUCUAUGCCAUUGCAGCUACAGUGUUCACAGUUAUCUUGUUCCUCAUCAUGCUGGUUAUGCGCAAACGGGUUGCUCUCACCAUCGCCUUGUUCCACGUGGCCGGCAAGGUCUUCAUUCACUUGCCACUGCUAGUCUUCCAACCCUUUUGGACUUUCUUUGCUCUUGUCCUGUUUUGGGUGUACUGGAUCAUGACGCUUCUUUUUCUUGGCACUACCGGCAGCGCUGUUCAGAACGACCAAGGCUUUGUGGAGUUCAGAGUUUCUGGGCCUCUGCAGUACAUGUGGUGGUACCAUGUGGUGGGCCUGAUUUGGAUCAGUGAAUUUAUUCUAGCAUGUCAGCAGAUGACGGUGGCGGGAGCUGUGGUAACAUACUAUUUUACUAGGGAUAAAAGGAAUUUGCCAUUUGCACCUAUUUUGGCAUCAGUGAAUCGCCUUAUUCGUUACCACCUUGGUACUGUGGCAAAAGGAUCUUUCAUUAUCACAUUAGUCAAAAUUCCACGAAUGAUCCUUAUGUAUAUUCACAGUCAGCUCAAAGGAAAGGAAAAUGCUUGUGCUCGUUGUGUGCUGAAAUCUUGCAUUUGUUGCCUUUGGUGUCUUGAAAAGUGCCUAAAUUAUUUAAAUCAGAAUGCAUACACAGCCACAGCUAUCAACAGCACCAACUUCUGCACUUCAGCGAAGGAUGCCUUUGUCAUUCUCGUGGAGAAUGCUUUGCGAGUGGCUGCCAUCAACACAGUGGGGGAUUUCAUGUUAUUCCUAGGCAAGGUGCUGAUAGUCUGCAGCACAGGUUUGGCUGGGAUAAUGCUGCUCAACUACCAGCAAGAUUACACAGUAUGGGUGCUGCCUCUGAUCAUCGUCUGCCUCUUUGCUUUCCUAGUCGCUCAUUGCUUCCUGUCCAUUUAUGAAAUGGUAGUGGAUGUAUUAUUCUUGUGUUUUGCCAUUGAUACAAAAUACAAUGAUGGAAGCCCAGGCAGAGAAUUUUAUAUGGAUAAAGUGCUGAUGGAGUUUGUGGAAAACAGUAGGAAAGCAAUGAAAGAAGCUGGUAAGGGAGGCGUAGCUGAUGCCCGAGAGCUAAAACCGAUGGCUUCGGGAGCAAGUUCUGCUUGAACCUAGCCGACCGUUAUGGAACCCAUUGACAUUCCAAAACAAUAUAUACACAUAACUAUGUAUUUGUGUGUGUGGGUGUGUGUAUAUAUGUAUAUGUAUGUGUGUAUAUAUAUGUAUAUGUAUAUACACACACACACAUAAUCAGCCAAAAUCAGAGAAAAGGAACAGGGAUUUAAUACCUUUUUUAUGCUUAUUUUUGUCAAACAUGUACUCCUUUCAUACGGGUGGCUUUUACAAGGCAACUGCCGUCAUUUAAUGUUUUCAAUUGUAAUUGUCUUAAUGGAAAUGUUAAAUUCAUAUAUGAUUAACAUUUUUAAUAACUUAGAGGAGAUUUUAACUUUAGUUAUUUAAAUUAGGUAAAAUUAUUGUACCGAAAUCUCUGUCUAAAGUUUAUUCAGGGGUGAUUUCCCUGAUGUGUGCAUAAAAUCAAGACCUUAUUUUACUGAGGCAUAAGUCCUAGCGGGAUGAGACUAGGCAUAUGCUUUCAGGGAAAUAAGGAAUUACUCCAGUCAGUUUUCCCCAAUCAAAGAAGCCAUGUCAUUUUCCUUUUAAAAACAUACAAGUGGACCCAAUGUGGGAAUUUUCAUAAUAGCUCAUGCAUCUGUCAGCCAACAUUAAAAAGUAACCAACUCCUCAGGUAUUUGUAGUUUACCCUAAUGCUUCUAUAAGAAAGUAGGUAAAAAAGAAAAGGGUAGAUAAUCUUUCUUAUGCAAACUUUUUUCUUAUAUUUUGUCUUUCUUUCAUUUUUGAUGUUAGUAGCAUCCUUCACACAUUUGUGUGCCUGAUUUGAAAGGAGGCUGGGGCACCCAGCGAGUUUAGCCUUUAAGUUUCUGUGUAUUGGUUUGUAGACUAAGUAAUGCUGGGAGGAAGUAAAAAGGGAGAGAAACAUGGAACACACAGCAUUGAAAAUUCCGGUGCUUGGGCUUCUGCUUCAUAGGAACUUCAGUGGCUUAGGGCUACAUGGCCAUUUUAUUCAAACGCUUGCUAUAAAAUCUGAAAACAUACUGGCAGGUGCUCCUCUCCUUGGCAAUUCAUUUCGUAUCCAAAAUCCUACAGUGUUUAACUGAAGAAUUGGUUAGUGUUUCAAUCCUCAAGUGUUGAACGUUCUUUGUCUUUAGGGCUGGGUUUUGGGUUUUGGGGGGUUUUUUAAUUCCUGAAGCUUACCAGAUAUGAAUGGCUAAUAUUCCAUUGUUCUGCUUAUUGUAAUGGUGAAUGCUUUAAGAAAAAAAAAAGUGUAAUUUGCUAAGAAUAAUUCAUGAUCUGUUUAUGCGAUAACUCCUUUUUGUUACAAUUUUUUUAAAAAAAGCUAUUUUUGUUAAUGUAAAGUAAAUAUUUCAGAGCAGAUUUUUUAAACUUAUUGCACUAAAUACAGGCUCUGUACAAAAAAAAAAAAAAAAAAAAAAAAAGCCUCAGCAUUUUAUCAUUCCAUGGAAGGACAAUCUUUUGAAAGAAAGCAUUGCCUCCUACCAGAAUUAGACAGUGAAUUAGACCGGCAUUAUGGAAAUGCAUACAGUUAAUGUCACUAGGGCUUAAUAAGCAGCUGUUUGCUAAUGUGCUUCCUUUCAAAGGGUUGGACCUUUAAAUUGCUGCAAAAGGUAAAUUGUAUUUUUUUUUAAGUAUCCGUGUUCUUUAGCUAGGCUAAAAUUUGCUAAAUGCCUCGGUUUCUUUUCAAAGCUCAUGUAAUAUUUCUGAUUUUUCAGAAUAUUUGCAAUAAGAGUCUGGAUUUUUUUUUUUUUUAAGAAAUAAAUAAGAGCUCAUGUCUUGGCAAGAUCUCAGAAAACAACAUUGUAAGAGUAGCUGUUUUGAAACAAUAAUUCUCCAGAAGUUAACAUCUAACAUCUGAUGUUCUAAACAGUAUCACUUUUAAAUCGUUUGAGAUGGCAUAAAUAUAAUUAUGUUAACUAACAAUUGUCCAAAUAGGUGAGAGAGCAAAUCAUGUAAGAAAAUUCAGAAUACCUUUGAUUUCAUAGCCACACAGAUUUUGGACAUCCCAAGAGACAUUGGGAACUAAAUUUAGGGUUGGCAAAAGUCUGGAAGAUGGGUAUCAAAAGAGAAGACAUUCCGGGAGCUAGUUCUUUUGGGAGGUAUCCCUCCAAAGUGACCUGAUGGAAGUCUUGAAUUUGGAAAUUAGGUUCUACUCACUUGGACAUCCCAGCACCACGGACUCUUGCCGCUCCCUGUUCCAUAUGCUCGCAAUCUCAGCUAUUUGGAAACCACCAGGAAUGCUUUCUAAUUAUCAUUUGCAACUAGAACUGUAAUCCGAAAGAAAUUUUGUAUUUUUGUAUAACUUGAUUGUGUGCCAUUUUAUAUAACAGGUCCUGUUUUACAAAUAAAUUUUGUUUUACUAACAUUGUGUUUAGAAAUGUUGGUCUAUGUGUAACCAUGUCAUCUGAGUUCCAAAUUAAUUGCCAGCUGUUUCCGCUAAGUAAAUGUGUGUGCCGUGGAGGUGGCUAUAUGCAGAUGUGCAUAUAUAUCACACAGGCACACACAGAGAGAUAUUUGGUUUAUGGAAUAUCACUCUUUCAUGAGCUUCAUUCCUUGAUUCAUCUUAGAGAGGCUCACAGAGGCCUUUCAGCAAUAUUCGAAUGUUUUUGAGGUUAUGUUCGGCUGGUCUUGCUGCCACUUUCAUUCAUCGCGAGUCAUUCGUCAGCUAGCUCUGGGCUGCCUUAUUGCUCUUCGCUCACUGCCUCCAUCUCUGCCCAAGUGAGAAGACUAGAUGAAGAACAGAAAUUAUCUGUGAAAUGAGGUUACCUGAAUACUUUUAUAAACCAUUGACUCUGUGUUGUGGUUUUUGUUUUUUUCUGUGGUGGAUCUUCAAAACUGUGUUCAGAACUCCUGUCUCCAGAGUUACAGUAAGCGCCCUCUACGGUACAUGAUGAUCACAGUGAGCAGAGGAUCUGAUGGUGGUUGCCACAAGAAAAUUCAAGCUCUGUUGCCCGAUUUAGACUUUCUAGGUUCCUGCCACAAGAGUAAGCUCUGCCGUGUGUGAUAUGGAAGGCAAAAGGUUCUAUUUCAGUAUAAAUCCAAGAGACCCAUCUUCUAUGGGCGGCUCGCCAGUGUGUUAGGUAAACAUUAGGAAUUUAGCUAGAGCGCUGAGAUUGUAUAAUCCUUGCACAGAUGAGCACAGCUCAAGGCAAGUUUUUCCUUUAAACCAUUUAAUGCAGUGUUUAAUGUUUAAGGGUUUUAUCCUAUCCUAUAGCAUAAUUAAUUCCUAAGUUACUGUAAUUUAAGUAUCUUAACUAUACGUUGGUCCCUAAACUUCUUCCACAGUGGUUAAGGAGGGGGAUACUCACUGAGUCUAUUUAAAUGGUAUGCCAGAAAUAAGUUUUUCCUUUGUAGAGAUGCUUCCUUACUCUUGUUUAUUCUUUUUUUCAGUAAAGGGCAUUCAGCCCAAUACCACUGACCUGGGGGUCUGCUAAGGGCCCCCUUGUCUUCCCGGUUCAGCUUCAAGAUUUCAUCCUGGUAGGAAGUAGUGCAGAGAUAACUCCUUCCAUUAUCACGGUCUUGAGCUGCUUGAAACCAGAAUAGUGCUCCUCCCACCCUCUUCCUUGAAAUAGCUGUGGAAAUGACAGACCCCCGAUAUAAGCGAAGCCAUAUUAGUGCACCCAAGACCCCAACUAUUUCCACCAUGCACCACUUUUAGCUAAUAAAGGCCAUCUCAAGAGGUCCCCCGGCUUUCAAAGUAGAAUUCUGGGGUCAGUUCCAAAACUAGACCUGCCAGUUAUGAUAACCUGAACAUUUUGUUUUAUUUAUUUAUUUAUUUAGGCUGCACCUGCAGCAUGUGGAAGUUUCCCAGGCCAGGGAUUGAACCUGCGCCAUACUUGUGACCUAUGCCAUAGCUGUGGCUAUGUAGGAUCCUUAUUUCGCUGCACCAUAAAGGAAUUUCCUAUUUUAUUUUUGAUCAGUAACCUCAGUUGAAUUUUUGGAGUUUCCAGUAGCCUUAACAUAGUUUCUGAGAUGUUUCUUUCAGAAAGGUCUUUGUACGCUUUCCUUUCAAUAAGUUCUGUGCUGCUUUUUGACCACUACUUAAAAAAAAAAAAAAAAAUCCUCAGAGUCUGGAGGCUUAUCAGUGCACCUGACACAGUUGAUUUCUGUAUUCUUUUCAUGUGUUUCAUCUGAUAGAUAAAAGUGCACUAUAAUGGCUUGCCCAGAGUUGUUAGAUGUGGUCUGUGAAUAUAUACGGGAAAAUUGUGGGUUCAUAAGUAAAUGCAUAAAGCAGAGCUUUGUGUAUUCACAAUAUAGAGUGACUUUUGUAUUGUAUAUUCACAAUGUAGAAUGACUUUUGCUUUAAAUACAUAUUCAUGCAUCUUUAUGUACUAAGUAGUACAUGUUGGUCCAUUUGAAAAAUACGCAGUCUUCAUAUACAGUGGCUACUUUCAGAAUUAGCUCAUCUUUUUAAUGGCACAUAGCCCAAACUGUGAAAAAGCUGGGCCCUUGAAUGUGCCAAGAGAAAAUAUAAAACUAGCAAACUUACGAAAAACAAAAUUAAAAAUCAAACAUGUUGUAUACACCUAAAAUUUUUGAAUAGCGCCCUUUCCCCCAUUCACAUUUCAUAAAUUUGAGCCAAAUUCUUAUUCUCCAAGUUUUAACUUGAGCGAAACUUUAAUCCAAGUUUUAAAUCUUUGAAAAUAUCUUUCUUAUAAAAACAUCAAUGCUAGGUUUUUUAAACUUGAGAAUUCCUGUAGAAAACCUUUCUUUUCUAUGGAAAUACUCUUCAUCUUCUUGAUUUUUAUAUGUGUAAAAAAAGACAAAUGAUGCUUUUCAUUUCAAUAUCAACAUGAACAGCUCUCACUUUUCUAAAUUAAGUGAGCAGGAUUUAAGUUUGAUAUUUUCUAAAGGAAUUCAUUAAUAAACUUGUGCAAGACAUGAAAUUGGUAGGGACCCAAAUAUUAAGCUAUUUUAUUCUGUUUUGAUACUCAGUCUUACAACCUAAGUGAUUUUCUGAGGAAAUCUAGACCUGGACUAAACAUCAUAGACCAGGAAAUUCAGAAUAAUAAAACUUUUAGGUUACCUAUGGUCUAGUCAAGAUCUAGCUGAGCAUGAAAAUGUCCUAAUUUCCAAAUGUUUUAGGAAUCUUGAACUUUUAUUUGCUAAAACCUGAAUUUAAUAUUUGAUAUUCAAAAGCAGGUUCUUAAUCUUUUAAGGGCAACAAGGGCCCAUUUGAGAAACUAAUGAAAGCAGUGAACUAUCUUUCUCUCUAUACCACAUAACCUAUCUAUGAAAAUUUAAAAUAACAGUAGAAUUUCAAGGCCCUUGGACUGCCAGCCUCCAACCCCAUCCCCCAUGGGGCCUAAUGAUCACCACUCAGGCUGCUCUAAAUUUGGUUUGAUAGUGUAUUUGGAAAUGAAGUCAUGCUUAGGCCUCCAUUGAAGAUACUUUUCAGAUCAUACUUGCCAACUUUAGACCUAGAAUCAUUUUUCAAAACUUGACAACUUCAAUUUAGUACCAGCUUGGAAAAUAGAAACCACAGUAAUCUGGAGUUCCCAUCAUGGCUCAGUGGUUAACGAAUCCGACUAGAAACCAUGAGGUUGCGGGUUCGAUCCCUGGCCUUGCUCAGUGGGUUAGGGAUCCAGCGUUGCCAUGAGCUGUGGUGUGUAAGUCACAGAUGCGGCUCGGAUCCCAUGUUGCUGUGGCUGUGGUGUAGGCUGACGGCUGCAAGUCCGAUUAGACCCCUAGCCUGGGAACCUCCAUGUGCCCUGAGAGUGGCCCCAGAAAAGGCAAAAAGACUAAAAAAAAAAAGAAGAAGAAGAGGAAACCACAGUAAUCUGAAUGAAAAACAGGACAGUCAACACUGAAUCUUCAAGACGAUAACAUUUCUUUCCUUGGAGGUGUGAGGAUGUGUGUGUCCAGGGAUACAUUUUUGUCAAGGCACCAAAUUAUUUACAAGGAACAAGAAAAUCCAAGAAGAAAUGAAUAGGGAAUCCCUGUAAUUAUCCAUCUAUCAAAAACACUUGAUCCUUUAUUACUGUCACUCAGGUAAUGAUGUCUGUGGCAUAGUGUCAUCAGUAGGUUACCAUCUAAAAAUUUAUCAGUCAGCAUGACCAGGAACAUUUCAAGAUGAUGGCAAAUUAGCAAAUUCAGUUUAGUCCAUAGUUGACAAAAACUGAGUGGAAAGUUGAAGGAGCAGAUGCUGGGGGUGAGGGUGGGAUUCAAAAGUUGUUCUCCCUGCAUAAAUCAGGCAGGUGUUUCUUGUUGUUUUGAGUGUUUUCCAGUUACCAUCAGAGCAGCCUUGGACCACUGCCAGUGUGACUGUGCAUCCUCUUCCCACAUUCACCUCACCUUCCUUCUAUAGGGAGCAUGUGGAUUUCUUCACAUUUAUACCUUACUAUUAGGUAAGGGUGCUGCAACUAUACGGAGGGUCCUCUGGGCCCUUGAAAAAGUAGGCAAACAUUCUCAAAGAAUUUGAAGUUGUUUUAAGGUUUGAUUCCAGUGGGCCAUGACUUAUAAUCAGGCAUCAAAUGAUUACCUACAUUUUCAAGCUGAAGAAAGCAGUAGAGAUGCCAUAUUUGGCUGGUGAAGAAAGUAGAAAGAAAAAUCAGCUCCCUUCCCCACCCCACGCCCCCAGAAAAGCCUGAUUGAACCUUCCACAAUGGCAAAGGGAGAGACCACAGGGGGAGGUUCCCAUAUUUGGUGGGAAAGAGUAAAUCCAGUGUAAGUAUCUACAUUAAAAAAAAAAAAAUUGGGGGGGGGAGUAUAGUUGACUUACAGUGUUGUAAGUGUGAGUAUCUACCUGUGAUAAUGUUUUUUGUUAUAAAAGUGUAUGCCCUCAAGGGAAUGUACUGCCUUUGACACAUGAAUCUGAUCCAACCACCCCAUCAGCUGGGAAAUUAUUUGGAAUUAGUUAUUUUUUGAGGAAUAUGUGUUAAAUCAUUCUGCGUGAGUAAAGUAAGCAUUGAGAGGAAGUCUUGAGAAAUAAAUGGGCCCAGGACUGGAAUGAACUUCCUGCCAGCAUCCUGAGGACCAUCCUGCCCCCCCCAGAAAAUGUGAUCACUUCCUUCAGUUACCACAGUGAUCAUUUAGGUCGGGAUUUUUUUUUUUUUUUCAAAAAAUUGUAUUAGGUAAUUCACCAGGCUGAAACAAUAAUAGGACAGCCUUGGGACUGAUGAUUUGAGACAGAGACUAUUGAGUAAAUUUCUUGCAUCCUCUGGGUUCUAGUAAUAUGUUCUCAGAACUUCUUUUUGGCUCUCUGGUUUUGGCUAGUUUGGGUUUCCAAAUAUCACAGCAGGGAAGCUACUUUUCUUCUAUUCUGUUGCCUUAGUGCUAUUAGAUUAUGUUGCUUUUGAGGUUCUCGUGAUUUCUUCCAUCCUAGAAAAGGGUACUGGGGGCUCCAUAACAUUUCAGCUAUACUGUCUCAGAACAUUCUUGACCAUUGAAUGCAAUAGAUCAGAUUCUAAUAGGUCUUGUACCCAGUGGAGGAAGUUCAGUGGGUUGUUAGCUGAUUUGAUUUGUUACAACAAGAAGGGGGGAGAAAAGUGUGGAGGGCACCUAGCAAAAUGACAGGGGCUCUGGGAAAACAACCAAAGACAAGAGCAUAUCUUCUGAAGACCAAAGGUCCAACUUUAUUUUUUGGCACAGCCUUUCUGAACUAAGUUCAGAAUAGGCUCCUAGAAUAAAGCAGCCAAGUUUCAAAGGUCAGUCAAUGCGAAGGGACCUGCUAUUCAUCUCUCAGGCUCUGAGCCUUACAUCCAAGGUCAGAUCCAGCCCAGUGUACGGGGUGAUAGAAAGAGAAAAACCCAUCAAUGUGUUUCAACUUCUCACUGCUGUAUAAUCCGGCAUGAGAAGUAUGUUGUGGUGCCGCAUAUUUCUCAAUCUGAUGCCUUUUUUGUCUUUGUUUUUGUUUUGUUUUGCCAUUUGCAUCCUAUUUCAUAGUGUCAAAAUGAAUUUUAUACUGGUCCCUGUCUUUGUCCAUUACGAACUGUAGGAUCACAGUUGAGCCUUCCAUGAAUUCCCUGCUUCGGGAUCUUCUAUCUUAGCAUGAUUUUUCAGUUUUUCCUUGUUACAGUAUCACUACACUGUGUUCAGGUGGGGAAACAAACAUGUAGGUGCUUGAACAUGCCCCACAGACACGGUCGUAGCCCUGUAUGUAGUAUUUGUGACUGUCAUUAUUGACACAGUACAGACUUUACAGAGUGUUAUACUCUCAGAGGACUUUAAAAAUAUGUGUAUUAAGCAAUUAACUUUCUGGAGUUAUCAAGUCUUGCUGGGAAAUUAACUUCCAAGAGCUCUGAAUUGGAUGGAAUUCCAUCCGACGUCAGAGUACAAUGAGCCUAUAUGAAAUGGAGCUUUGAAAUGUUUUCCUUGUGCAGAAAUAUGAACUAGAAAAAAAAAGUGCUGAUCUAAUGCUAAGUUUUCUGUGUACUGACUCAGUUGCCAGAAUUAUAAUGAAAAUUGUAUUUUAGUCUAACAAAUGUAUAGAAUUUUUUAUGUAAUAAAUAAAAUUUUAUAGGAAAGAA